GGAGGAUCGGUAGAAUCUGUGUUCCCUUCGCUCUGCCCAACAUAAAAUUCCGGGGAAGGGGAGUUUCACUUCUCGGGUUCAGCAAAGGUGGAUGAGGUCGAGCCUGGGUAUUUAGCGGUAGUCCUCACGAGGUCAGGCUUCUUGAGGAUUCCAGCAGCCUGUGUUGGGAAAUCUUUUCUUCAGGAGGGAUGUUGUCCUUUGAGAUAUGACUGUAUCUGCAUUAAGACUGCUCUAAAAUGGAGGAGACGAGCAGGGAGGCAGUUGCAACAGCUGUACAAAGGGUGGCUGGGAUGCUCCAGCGGCCAGACCAACUGGAUAAAGUUGAACAAUAUCGUCGGAGGGAAGCACGGAAGAAGGCUUCUGUGGAAGCUAGGCUGAAGGCAGCAAUCCAGUCACAGCUGGAUGGAGUCCGAACAGGUUUAAGUCAACUGCACAAUGCAUUGAAUGAUGUCAAGGAUAUUCAGCGUUCUUUGAUUGAUGUCAAUAAAGACUGGCGGCAAAGCAUUAAUACCAUAGAAAACCUCAAAGAUGUUAAGGAUGCUGUAGUUCAACAUAAUCAACUGGCAGCUGCUGUGGAAAAUCUCAAAAACAUUUUCUCAGUGCCUGAGAUAGUUCAGGAAACUCAAGAUUUGAUUGAGCAAGGGGAAUUGCUACAAGCCCACCGGAAGCUGAUGGAUCUGGAGUACUCCCGAGAUGAUCUGAUGUAUGAACAGUACCGUAUGGACAGCAAAAACACUCAUGAUAUGAACCUAAUUGACAACUAUUUUGGAGAAAUGCAAAUACUUUCUGAAGAGCUGGCCAAGCAGCUCUGGAUGGUCAUACAAAGAGCUCUAGUCACUGUCCGUCGAGAUCCAACUUUGCUGGUUUCAGUUAUUAGAAUAAUUGAGAGGGAAGAAAAAAUAGACAAGCGCAUGCUUGAUCGGAAAAAACAAACUGGGUUCAUCCCCCCAGGCAGGCCUAAAAGGUGGAAGGAGAUAAUGUUUGGUGUAUUGGACAGAACUGUCAUCACUAGGAUUGAAGGCACUCAAGCAGACACCCGACAAUCUGACAAAAUGUGGCUUGUUCGCCAUCUGGAAAUCGUUCGCAAGUAUGUCCUCGAUGAUCUGGUGGUGGCUAAGAAUCUUAUGGAUCAAUGUUUCCCACCUCAUUAUGAAAUUUUCAAAGAGUUUCUAGGCAUGUACCAGAAGGCAUUGUUUUUGCGCAUGCAGGAAUUGUCUUCUGAAAAUCUGGAAGCAAAUGAAAUUGUUAGUCUUUUGACAUGGGUUUUAAACACUUAUAAAAGUGUGGAGAUGAUGGGAAACCCAGAGCUUGCACCAGAGGUGGAUGUGAAUUCUUUGAAGCCUCUGCUUUCCGAAGAAGUAGUGAACGAACUUCUUGGCAAGUAUAUGUCCACUCUUACUUCUAAUAUCAUUGGCUGGCUACGAAAAGCACUGGAGACAGAUAAAAAAGACUGGCUAAAAGAAAAUGAGCCAGAAUCUGAUCAAGAUGGAUACUAUCAAACAACACUCCCUGCUAUUGUAUUCCAGAUGUUUGAGCAAAAUCUUCAAGUGGCUUCUCAGAUAAGUGAAGAUUUGAAAACAAAGGUACUACUUCUAUGUCUUCAACAAAUGAGUUCAUUCCUCAGCAGGUACAAAGAAGAAGCUCAUUUAUAUAAAGAAGAACAUCUAAAAAACCGUCAGUUUCACCCAUGCUAUGUUCAGUAUAUGAUUGCCAUCAUCAACAAUUGCCAGACAUUUAAGGAUUCCAUCAUCAGUUUGAAAAAGAAAUACUUGACUCCUAAGAUGGAAGAGUUCGUGACUAGCUGUCAUGCAUGCAUCGAUGCUGUUUUAGAUGAUGUUGCCAAGGAAGGAUGCUCAAGCCUGCUAGAUGAAGUCUUCAUAGAUUUAGAGCCCCACCUCAAUGAGCUGAUGACAAGAAAGUGGCUGGCAGGAUCCAAUGCUGUGGAUACAAUAUGUGUAACAGUAGAGGAUUAUUUCAAUGAUUUUGCAAGAAUAAAGACACCAUAUAAGAAGAAAAUGACUACUGAAUGCCACCGUAGAGUUGUUGUGGAAUAUAUCCAGGCUAUUAUGUUAAAGCGUAUUACUUUCAAGAACGCAGAAGAAAGAAGAGAAGGUGCUGAAAGAAUGAACAGAGAAGCUGAACAGUUCAAAUUUCUGUUUAGGAAACUUACAAAAGAGUCUGAGGAGAACACAGAAGGACUUUGUGAUGUCAUUGAAGCCAUUGCAGAAGUAUUCAAGCUGACGGAUCCUUCACUGCUGUAUCUAGAAGUCUCAACCUUAGUUAGCAAACACCCAGACAUCAGGGACGACCAUGUUGCAGCUUUGUUGACAAUGAGAGGAGAUGCUAGCAGAGAGAUGAAGCAAACCAUCAUUGAAACUCUGGACAAAGGUCCAAGUCAACUAAAUGCAAACUAUGUGCCAAUUUUUAAAGAAAUCACAGUUCCUACACUAACAGUGCCAAAACUUCUUAAGUAAUAGUAGCAUAUUUCAAUAUGUAUUGUUUUGGGUUUGGUAUUACUACUUUCAGAACAGUUGUAGACUUAUUUGGUUAUGCAGUUGGAAAACACAUUGGGGUUUCUUAAUUGGCUUUUUUUUUUUGUUUGUUUCAUGUUAGCGAUUGCAACAAGGUGUUCAGAUAGCCAGAGUGGUCACUUGAAGAAUAUGCAGUAUUCUGAUGGCCCUAGUGCUUUGAACUGAUAUCUUUCAUUAUCAGCAUUAGACUUUUCUCACAAUUACUUAUCUUGAACAUUGUGUAUUCUGAUGCAUAACUGGAUGUUUUAGAAAAUUUAAAAAGGAUGAAUUUACUUUUAGGGUGAACAAGUGGAAAAACAACAAAAACAAAAUCAGUGAUUUAGGUGUGUUCUUCAUUCAGUUGACUUCCACUAGUUUUGAAAAAAUAUGGGAAGAAAGGAUUGCUGGAUAAAUAAAUGAAUAAAUAAUGCUUGUAUUUGAAGCUCUUGCUCCUUCAGGAAACUGUCAGAUUGUUGUUAAAAGAGCAUCAACAGUGAGAGAGAGAGAAGGGGGCAUAGGUAUUGCAGGGAAAUAUGAUUACUUCUUAUAUAUGCUUUAGCAUAGUUACACUAAGGUAUAGUAGGGUAAUGUGUGUAUUAUUUUUCAGUAUAGACAAGUAGCUUGAAGGACCAAGGAUAACCCCAGAUAACAUUUUCUAGUAUUACCAGGUAAAAGGAAUUAUUCAGCUAUUCAGUCUUUUUCUGCUUUAAUGGAAUUUUGUACUACAAAAACACUGAAAAGAAGCCAUGGAAAACAUGGCUGGAUUGCAAAUAGAAAACAGCAGUGUUUUCUUCCUGGGGCUCUUCUAAAAUUCUGUGAGGCAGAGUCAUUGCCAACAGAAGCAAUUUCUUGAAAGCACUUCAAGAAAGGUAAGCACUUCAAGAAAGGCUUGUGUCAUGGACUGUAAAUGCUAUGUGGAUGAAGGUAGCAACAGUUUCAGGGGGAGCAUGAGAAGAUAAGCAGUGGGAGGGGAAGCCAGUGAGGAGAAAUGAGACUUGCAAAGGAAGAACAAGUGGGUGCUGUACUGUCUGGAACAGUGCAGUAUCAAUGGUUCAACCACUCAGAUCAUGCUUCAGGAACUGGUGUUCUUGAGGCAGGAAAGGGCGAAAAGCAGCAGCUGAGCAAGAGGUCACACACAAACAGAACCUUAGCAAGUGUGGCUAUAUUUGCCUUUUCAGUCUUCUAGAUAUUUCAAACUAUAAUUCCCAGCAUUUCUGACCAUUGACUAUGCUGGCUGGAGCUUACAGGAACUGAACUGUACAUAAAACUGCUCUGGGGUUAAAGUCUAGAGAAUUAAGCAAGGACUUCACAAUAAAAACAUUUUAUUUUUUUUAAGGCUUUGGGGAGAGAGGUGACACUAUGCAAGCUACAUUUGGUAUAAGGAAGCAAUGAGAGAGACUAAGACUUAAGGCUGGUUGAGGUUGAUAAAGUUGGAAGAGCUGAGCUUUUAAGUAUGGAUAUUUAAGGAUGUAAGGGCAAGAGGAGGAGAGGAAGUACAAUGCCAUGGGAGACUUUAAAGUAGGGACAAAAAGUUUGCAAGAGGGGUAUCAUAUACUUGGAUUUAUGUGAUGGGUACCUUAUGUUAAUAGUGAACUGUUGAAUAGGGUUAGUGGACUGACAUGGGCUAUAAGGAACAGAUACUGAGAUGAGAGGGAUGUGUUUGUAUAGGGAGACAUGACAUCACAGCAGGUAAAAGUUGAGCCUUUUUGCCUAGUUAGCAACUUCUCUGCAGCUCAUGGAAAAGAGGGCCUUAGAAGUAGCUGAGACUGAGCAGCAGCGGGUCCACACAAAAAUAAAUGGUAACAGAAAAGAUGAGAGUUCAGGACUUGAGCCUCGCUUUCUAUGGAAAAUAUUUUGGCAUUUGUGAAGGUUUUCAGCAGAAAAACCCCCAUGUCAAUCCCAAUAUAGCUUAUUAUCUCAAUUUUAAACCUGUUGUGGUUUACAAUGGGUUUGAAAUGUAGCCUGCUUUCAAUAUGCACCUAAGGGAUGGGAUGAGGUUAGUGUGUUUCUAUACCCAAAUUACAGUAAAGAUCAAUCUGAAGUUUGGGAUUUGGUGCCAUAGAUGAAUGAUGCUUGUUUGUAUCUCUCCUUUGAAACAGAAGGCAGGAGAGAUGGUAGAUGUUUUGCCUGAAGACAAUGAUGGAUGUGUAUGAAUACACUGGAAUUCAGCCUUGAAAGGGUCAUAUACUGUUGGUGGACUCUUCACCUAAUCAGGAAGGUGGUGGUUAUUCUAAGUAAGAAACUACUUCCACUGAAGUAGGUUCAUAGGCCAUGAUGCUUAUUGAUUCAGGUCUAUCGCUGCAAGCUCAAAUAGCUUUUUUCCAGCUAAGGCCUGCAACAUUUCCUGGUAACUUCCAGUUUAUAUUAUUGUAAUGUGGAGUUGCCUUUGAAGAGAGCUUGAAAACUGCAGUUGCUUCUAAGCAUAGAUGCUAGAUUCCUAAUUGGCACACAGGCUUUAGAUUUCAUUGCCUUCCCAUCAGUAUCUGAGCACAGUUCAAACCAAUGAAAAAUACCUGCAAAAUACUAUAUGGUUUGGAAAAUGGAUAUAGUAAAAUCUUUCUCAGAAGUCUUCUGUUGGGGUUUCCUGCAAUUUGAAGCAAGACUGGCACUAAUACAAGAUUCUUUUGGCACUUGCAGAAUUCUCUCCCCAGGAAGACUCAAGGGUUGUUUUGUUUGCCAGGCAAAUACUUAUUUAAAAAACACAAUUCCCUAGGCUGUUACAUGACACAAUUUUUAGAAAAAAAUCCUUCUGUGCUUGUUUUUAGCACUGCUUUUAACUUUGUGAACUGUUAUUGGUUUUACUGUUGUAAACCACCCUAAAACAAUGGCAUGCAGAACCGCAUGUUCCACUGGUUUACAACAAAGAAUAUUGUACAUUUAAAUGUGUGUUUUUAGAGCAACAAAACUGAUUUUUUUCAAAUAAAAUUUAGAUUUUGCUGCAUUCUCUUGCUGGAGGGGACACAUUAGUGUCUAAUCACAUCUAUGAUAAAAUCCUGCAUUUGUUCAUUUCUUUGCUUAGUUACCACUUUAGCUCUGGUGAAAUCAAACCAUUGCAUGUAAAGUCUAGCUGAAAGCUGUAUUUAGUCUAGCAUAGUUUUUCCCAAUCUGGUGUUCUGCAGAUUUAUUAAAUUACAAUUUAUCAGACUUUUAGAUGUUUUUGGAAAACAAAGUUCAAAGUGAUCUUGAAAGGCUGGAGCACUGGGCUGAAAAUAACACAAUGACAUUUGAUCUUGACAAGUCCUGCACCUAGGAAAAAGAAACCAAAUGUAUAGCUAUAAGAUGGUGGAUAUUUGGCUCAACAAUGAGAAGGAUCUCAGAAAUGUUGUAUAUAAUGAAUGAGUCAACCAUGUGAUGUGCUUUCAAUAAAAGACAAAUGCUA